UUGCUGACUUCGAACACAAACAAUUCAUUUCAAUUCAAAACUUACACCAGAGAAAUUACAACUUCAGAUAUUGAUAUUUGCAAAAGUGAAAACAUUAGAAAAUACAUAAGAAAAUGGGUCGCAGUAAGGUGAUUAGAAAGAAGCACUUGCGACGUCAUUCAAGUGAUCAAGGGAAUACGGAGGAUUACUUCUUGACACCCGAUGAGGUGCAGGAAUCGGUGCAGCGAUGGUCAUUCCUUUGGCGAACCACUCCGGAUUCGGAUUCCGAAACAGGCAGCAGCUCCACAUCGACAGUGACGCAACGGGAUCCAUCAGCUUAUGGCGACUGGCGUUUGAGGGGUGAAAAAUUCAAUUUCCAAACGACCGGCAGGGAAAUGCUGAUGAAUCUAAGCAAGUUUCCCUAUCCGGAGAUCAUCCAUCCGCCCGUUUUGUUAGAGUCCAAGUUGCCCAAAACGCUGCGUGUGAAUCGCCGACCCUACAUCACUCACAAAAUCUUCGAGCACGUAAUGCCGGACAUAUACAAUCGGGCCAAGGAGUUCAUGGAGCCACCGGUGUGCGAGGGCGCCGUGGGCUAUAAUCCAUUGUACUUUGACCCACCCAUUUUGAUCAAACCGCUGUGCAAGUACAGUAAGCCCCGGUAUUUCUCAACCACGUGGCACAACACUAGCGACGAUUCCUGGAUGGAUGGGCGACGUUGUGCCAAGAUGCUGGUGGCACUUAAUGAAUCCCUGCUGGACGGCGAGAAGCUCCGAGAGCCAACGAGGUGGUCCAAGUAUCUGCCAUCCAGGCGCAAUAAGCUGCUGGCUGGAGUUCGAAAGGAAACGAAGUGGAGUACUGGAAGGCAGCGUUCCAGGGUCAGGUUUACAUUGAAUUCGGAAUCCGAUGGGCUGGACAAGCAGGAGGAGGAGGAGGAGCAGUUGCCCUCCGAUGAUUUCUACGCAGAAUAUCUGAAUGAGGAGCUGGAAACCGAGACACAGCCAUCGUGGAACUCUUCAUUGUCCGAUGAAUUCAGUCGUCCAAAGAUUACGCGAUCCCAGUCGGAUCUUAAUUUGGAAUAUUUAAGGACAAGUUCGCUAAUAAGGCGUUGCCAAAGUUUGAGCAGUAUUUAUUAGUUAUCUUGUAAAUGUAAAGAAUUUUGCGUCAUUUGCCAAUUACAAAUUAAAAGUCCAUUCAAUGAGCCGCCGCCAACUGGUGAGACCCCCUA